UGACCGUCGUCAUCUCGUUAUCUCUCAGGCUCUUCAGCGCCAUGCACCCUUUGCAUUAUGACCAUCACCAAUCCAACCCAAUUAAUAGACGAGUUCAAAAAAUCUGGCGAAUUUGACCGCCUGCGACGUGAUCUCUUGUCACAUUUCCAACGCAGUGACCGCACUGAGGCCUUUAAAUCUCGUGUUGAUGACAUAGCACGACGGCGGCUAUCUUCUGACCCAAAACUGAUUUCUAUGCCCAACGAUGCUAUCCAGCGUGAACUGUUAGGGGAAAUAGACCGCUAUCCCAUUGUUGAGCGAGCGGUGGCUGACGCUCCUUUGCUAUCUGAUUCAUCAUUCAUCGCUGGCAUACGUGCAUCACUGGAACGCACCCUGUCAGCAGGCAAGGGUGAAAAGAGCUAUACUACACCGGGCCAAUCGACGCCAACCUUAGUAUUUUCAUGUGAUUCGGGCAAGCUCGAUUCCAAUCCAGCUAUUCCCCAGCCCAAUGGCACUCCGACAGCUUUUCCGGCGGCCCAGAAGGAGUGAAUUUGACCACUGGCCCUGGCUUCUCCGAGAUUCUACAUAGUGUGACUGGACACCUGGAUUCUACCCACAAGGUUCGACUGCUCCGCCCUCUGCGCAAGGUAAUGUGCUCACACGACCAACUGCAAGCUGUUUAUGUAUUCCUCCUUGACUUAUUUAAUUUAUUGAUUCCAAGGAAUCACCUGCGGCCGGGAGACUGAAAAUCCAGACGGUAUAAGUGAUAGAACACACGGCUACCUAGUUUUGUGACGAUGCUAGGCACAU